AUGGAUUUUCUUGCUCUUGAGCCAUCCAAAGGAGGUCAACAGUAUGUACUUGUUGUGACAGACCAUUUUACCCGGUAUGCACAGGCUUAUCCGAGUAAGAACAUGUCAGCAAAGACUACUGCUGAAUUGUUUUUCAAUAACUUUGUUGUCCACUACGGCCUUCCAAAGAGAAUUCACUCGGACAAGGGAGCCAAUUUUGUUGGAAAACUUAUGACGGAACUGUGUAACCUGUUGAACAUCGACAAGUCAUCUACGACACCUUACCAUCCAAUGGGCAAUGGCAUGUGCGAACGGUUCAACAGGACACUUUGUGAUAUGCUAGGAACUUUGGAUUCCAACUCCAAGAAAGACUGGAAAACUCAUAUUGGACCACUGGUACAUGCUUACAAUUGUACCCGACAUGAAACCAUUGGUUGGUCUCCAUAUUUUCUUAUGUUUGGCAGGCAUCCAAGACUUCCUGUUGACUUAGCUUUUGGACUUGACAUUGAACCAAGCAAGCCAAGGUCGGUAUUGAAGUACACCAAGUCACUACAGAACAGAUUGAAGAGUGCCUAUAACCUACCUGCGGAACAGGUCAAGAGGUCACAGUCCCGUCAAAAGAAGUACUAUGACCAUAAAGCCAGAGCUGCUAUUUUAUCCAUAGCUGAUAGGGUUUUGGUUAAAGUUGUAGCUUUUGACGGGAGACAUAAGUUGGCAGAUAAGUGGGAAGACGAUGUAUAUGUUAUCCUUGACCAACCCAAUCCUUCAAUUCCAGUUUUUGUUGUUGGUAAAGAGAAUGGGGAGGGGAGGAAAAGGACAUUACAUCGUAAUCUUUUACUUCCCAUAGGUGCUAUCUUAGGUCACGACUUACCUACACCUAAGCCACGACGGAACAUCCAGAAUCCGACACCUGUUCCAAGGACACGACAACGACGUCAAACCCAUUUUUCGGGGUCAGAGAGUGAAGAUGAAGAAUUUAUUCUGAUACCUGUUGCUUCAUCAGGAUAUCCGUCAGAUUCAGCUGCUCAUUCAGCUGAUGGGCCAUCUGAGGAUAAUGAUAAUGAUGAUCAUAAGGAAGAUGAAGAUCAUAAUGAUGAUCAUAAGGAAGAUGAAGAUGAUGAUGAUGAUGAUGAGGUAGAACAGGAUACUGAAGAAGGAUCUGAUGAGAAUAGUUCAGAGGAUGAACAGGAAGAACUUUCUUCAAACCCAAAUAUCUCUGACCAGACUUCCCUGAAGACCGUCAAUCCGACUGAUGUUUUGGAUGAACUCCCAGAACCAGAUCCAGUUGAGCUUGAUGAGACGUCUCGACAUUCACUUUCACCACCUUCUCCAGCUCCAAGGAGAUCAAACCGAGACCGGCGGAAACCAAGGUGGAUGACAAGUGAAGACUAUGUUAUGUCAGCAACAGUUCAGCAAGACUGGGUUGCUAGAGCUGAUUAUGUAACUUCACUUAUUUCCCAGGGUCUACUUCCCAAUGAAAACUGUGGUACAUGA